AUGAGCGAGACUCAGAAUAAAGCCUCUACUAUUCGAUCUGAGGAUGUAGAUAGACAUCUACAGAUGUUUUUGAGAUUGAAACCUCUGAGGUUUGAGAGCACUAUUGAGCCCAGAGCAGCUGAGGAUUGGUUGAGGAGAUUGGAGAAGACCUUUGAAGGUAUGCAGUGUCAUUCGGACAGGAAUGUACCAUUAGCUAUUUUUCUGUUAGAUGGUGAGGCUGAGUGCUGGUGGAUGGGCCAGCAGGAAGAAAAGUUCCAAGGUAAAUUGAACUCUCUGAUCACUUGGAAAGAAUUUUUUGAAUUGGUAAGUACUUCUCCUGAGAAGUGCUACAAAUUUCUGAGGGGACUACAAGAUAGUCUGAGGCAACCCCUGGUACCAUUUCACAUUUCUGAUUUCUCUGAGCUUGUUGAGAGUGCUCGUCUGAUAGAGAAUGAUUUAAUGGCUACUCAGCAGCGGUGUACUGCUAGUAGGAAGAGAUUCGGUGAUGACACAUCUAGCAGUGGUUUUUCUGGGAAGAAGAGAUUUGCUUCUGGAGAUUCCAGGAGGAGUGGACAGUCAGGAUCCACUAUAGUUUCUGGUGGUGGUAGUACUGUUAGUUCUGGUUUAGUCAGUGGGGCACCUGUGUGUCAGACUUGCGGACGAUGA